AUGGGAGUGUCCAUCUCCUGUCGUGUGUCCGACCCCCACUCCCAUGUCACCCUACGAAGUGUCCCCAGCGGAGAGAAGAUGUUUGCGUUCUACGACACCAAGUUGGGUUUCUUUGGAAGCCUCUCCCCGGGCCAGUACCAGUGUGAGACCACCGUUGAGGGCCUGGUGUUCACCAGUGCGAUCUACACUGUCAAAAGCAAUGUCGAGGCAGUGGUAGAGGACUUUGACGUGGAAGUAAAAGUCAGUACAGAGGCUGUGAAGGUGGGGCAGCCCCUCAACAUCACCUGCGUGGCCCCAGCCGGCACCUUCUUUGAGCAAGCAUGGCUUCACCGCAAAACACAGGCUGUCAAUGCAGUUCAAACGAAACAGAAAUUUCCUGACAAGGUCUUUUACACGCUUGUUAUCCAACAAGCCAGCCUUGAUGAUGCCGGCACGUACGAGUGCUUCGUUUCCCACCAAGUCAGUGGAAAGGUUCGAGUGAGCACUGCGACUGUCACUGUCUUCGAGGAAAGUUCCUUCGUUGCCCUGGAUCACAGCGGAAUCUUAGAUACCGAGUUUGUUAGCCUUCUGGAAGAGACACAGUUCACCAUCCUCAUCGACGCAUCCCCCUCUCCCAAAGUGACCUGGCAGCGAGACGGCAAAGAUAUUCCUGAAAGUUACUAUAUUAAUGCCAAAUCGAGCCACCUCCAAGGCAACAGGUACCAGAGCAUUCUGACAUUUCGGCAGCCUCUAGAAAAAGACAGUGGAAUGUAUACCAUCACGGCUGUGAGCGGCUCUCGCACGGCCCAGUUCUCAUUCAUGCUCAAAGUCAAAGCUUCAACUGCUUUGAUCUUCCCACCAUCCUCUGGCCCAGUGCUUCUGCCACAGAAGGAGGAGAUGGUGGUGGCCCUUCAUACUCCCUUCACACUGACAUGCCGUGGUGAAGCACGGCUGGCCUGGGAGAUGCCGCUCGAUGUGCCAGAGCAGACGCGGGAGGACAACAGCGGUGUAUUUGUCACCACUAUCACAGUGGACAAAGCCACAGCCAUGCACACCGGCUUUUAUACAUGCUUUUUCAGCCAAAAUGCCACAGACGAAAUGCCGGAGAGCAGCAUCUACAUUUAUGUGCCAGAUCCCGAUGUUCCUUUUGUACCAUCGCCGGUGCCCUUUGGGAAUCACGUCCUUUCUGACCACGAGGAAAUGGAGAUUCAGUGUCGCGUGUCAGAUCCCAUAGCUAAUGUGACCCUGCUUAACGUGGACACGAGGCAGCCUGUUCCGAGUGUCUAUGAUAGCAAGAGAGGCGCCUUGGGGGUGUUCACUGCUGGAACCUAUAUCUGCAAGGCUGUCAUAAAUGGAGAAGUCCACUACAGCGAGCAGUAUAUUGUCCAUGGUUGGACUGGUGGUGGUGCGCUGCACGUCGAGCUGACUGCCAAACGGACCGCACUCCUGGUCGGAGACCCCUUAACAGUCACCUGUUUGGCUCGUGGGUCGGAAAUCUUGGAGGACCACUGGAAAUACCCUGGGAAAGUGGCUAACCGUGCCACGAAAACAGUCCAUGAGAAUAAGCGGGAUCAAGAGAUUCUUUAUACUCUGACCAUCUCACAAGCCUCUGCUAAAGACAGCGGCAUCUACGCCUGCUCCAUCACUGAUAUCAUGAGUAAUGAGAGCCAGACUAAACAACUAGCCAUCACAGUUUAUGAACAUGAGUUUCUGUUCCUUCAGCCAGAAUUUGGCAGCCAGGAAUCAGCCGAGCUGGAUGAAGUCCGUGAAUUCAGGGCUGAGAUUGAGUCAUUCCCUAAUGUUCGAGUCACCUGGUUUAAGGACGGUGUCCCAUUGAGCGACGUAACUGCAGAGAUUUCAACCAGUCUGCGUCGGAUCAGCGAGACUAGGUACGCUGGUGUUCUCACACUAAUACGUGCAAAAGAGGAGGACAGUGGGAACUACACCAUGAGGGUGGAGAAUGGAAACCAAACUCACAGUGUCAGCUUUAACCUUAAAGUCAAAGUCCCUGCAGUCAUUGUGGACCUGAUGGACAUCCACCACGGGUCAGCCACAGGCCAGUCUGUGGUCUGUAUCGCCGGGGGGCAGCCCACUCCGGAAGUAGAGUGGUUCAUCUGUAAAAAUAUUAAACACUGUGCCAACGACUCGUCGUACUGGGUACCGAUCUCCGCCAACUCCACAGAUGUUGAGGUGGAGUCACACUUGGAUGAGGACAACAACCUGGAGAGCCAAGUCCUGUUUGGCCAUCUGGAGAACACGUUAUCAGUUCGCUGCUUGGCCCACAACGAAAUGUCCUCUGUCAGCCGGGAAGUUAAGCUUGUGGCCAACGGCCCUCACCGGGAGCUGACUGUAGCUGCCGCCGUGCUGGUGCUGCUGGUCAUUGUCAUCAUCUCACUCAUUGUCUUGGUUGUUAUCUGGAAACAGAAACCUCGCUACGAGAUCCGCUGGAGGGUGAUUGAGUCUGUGAGCCCUGAUGGCCACGAGUACAUCUAUGUCGACCCCAUGCAGCUGCCCUACGAUUCAAGAUGGGAGUUUCCACGCGACAGGCUUGUGCUGGGUCGCAUCCUAGGUUCCGGAGCCUUCGGGAAGGUUGUAGAGGGUACAGCUUACGGACUCAGCCGCUCGCAACCUGUCAUGAAAGUGGCGGUUAAAAUGUUAAAGCCCACAGCCCGAUCAAGCGAGAAGCAAGCACUGAUGUCAGAACUAAAGAUCAUGACUCACCUCGGUCCUCAUCUCAACAUUGUUAAUCUCCUGGGAGCAUGCACCAAAUCAGGCCCUAUCUACAUUAUCACUGAAUACUGUUUCUACGGUGAUCUGGUCAACUAUCUGCACAAAAAUAGAGAGAACUUCCUAAGCCUGAGUCCGGAGAAACAGAAGAAAGAUUUGGACAUCUUUGGAAUCAACCCAGCAGACGAGAGCAGCAGGAGCUAUGUGAUCCUGUCCUUUGAGAGCAAAGGCGACUACAUGGACAUGAAACAGGCGGACACGACUCAGCAAUACGUGCCCAUGUUGGAGAUGCCGAACACUUCUAAAUAUUCUGACAUCCAGCGCUCGGAAUACGACCACCCGCCCUCCCAGAAAGGUUUGAAAACGGAAGGGGACAACCUAUUGUCAGAGGACAUGGACGAGGGUCUAAGCACAACAGACCUGCUAAGCUUCACCUACCAGGUGGCUAAGGGCAUGGAAUUCCUGGCUUCCAAAAACUGCGUGCACCGCGACCUCGCUGCCAGGAACGUUCUCCUGUCUCAAGGCAAGAUUGUGAAGAUCUGCGACUUCGGGCUGGCCAGAGACAUCAUGCAUGACAACAACUACGUGUCCAAAGGCAGCACCUUCUUGCCUGUCAAGUGGAUGGCGCCGGAGAGCAUCUUUGAUAACAUGUACACCACCCUGAGUGACGUCUGGUCUUAUGGGAUCCUCCUGUGGGAGAUAUUCUCCUUAGGUGGGACCCCGUAUCCUGGCAUGGUGGUGGACUCCAGCUUCUACAACAAGAUCAAGAGCGGCUACAGGAUGUCCAAGCCAGAGCACGCACCUACUGAUGUCUACGAGCUGAUGAUGAAGUGUUGGAACAGCGAGCCAGAAAAGAGGCCUUCCUUCUUAUGUCUGAGUGACACAGUCUCAUCUCUGCUGCCUUCCAGUUACAAGAGACAUUACGAGAGGGUCAACCAUGAUUUCCUGAAGAGCGACCACCCUGCCGUGACGCGGGUUUGCAUGGAGAGCGAUGACGCCUACAUCGGCAUUGCUUACAAGAACCAAGGCAAGCUGAAGGACCGGGAGAGUGGCUUCGACGAGCAGCGACUUAGCUCUGAUAGUGGCUACAUCAUCCCCCUUCCUGACCUGGACCCAAUGUCUGACGAUGAAUACGGAAAGAGGAAUAGGCACAGUUCGCAAACAUCUGAGGAAAGCGCAAUUGAGACGGGCUCCAGCAGCUCCACAUUCCCCAAGCGUGAGGGUGAAACCCUGGAGGACAUCACGCUUCUAGAUGAAAUGUGUCUGGACUGUAGCGACCUUGGGGAGGACAGCUUCCUGUGA